ACGUCAUGACGCUCCGAGAUGUUUUUAGCUUUAGCAUCGCAGCACCAUAGCCGUGGCCAUCCAAAAAUGACAGGUUAAAGCCGAUACAAGUCUUUGAACUUAUUUUUGCGUCUUUAAAUCUAAGGUCUGCGGUCGGUAAUGACGUCAGCGUUCAUCUUGGCCUUAAAUGUCCUCACAAAACCUCUCAGCGAAGCCAAUGCUCAGGCCUCCCAGCAGGGGGCACUCCAGGCUGCUUUGGAGGCCAACAGGGCUCUGCUACUGGAGCGGCUCCAGAGCGACAGCAGCUUUGAGGAGGUGCAGAGGCUGAGGGAGGAGGUGAAGCUGUCGGCAGAGUGGUUCUGUAGUGACACAGAGGACCCCACAUGGAGCUUUGUUCAGGAGUGUCUCCUGCUGCUCCUCGCGCUCGUGCAUCACAUGACGAUGGAGCUGGAGCGCUUCCAGCUGGCCCCGCCUCAGUCUGCAGCCAGACUUCAAACAGCUGAGAUGGCUCCGCCUCUCCCCCCUGAUGUUCUCAGUGUGUCACAGCAGAAGACGCUCAGCACCGCUCUGCAGUUUGUGGUGUCUCUGGGGCUCUGUCCUUUCCUGGCGCCGGGCGUUGGCGUGCCGCUGGGCCACAGGUCAGCGUUUGGGGCCGUGGUUGAAAAACUGAUCUGCCAGGAGGCUCUACCCCCUGCAAGAAGACGCCUUCUUACCACCACGAAUGUCCUGCUACAGCUGGCAGAGCUGUCAACGCUCGCCACUCUGGUGUUCACACGACAUCUGGGGGACAUGAUGGCAGCGCUGAGUCAGCUCGGACAUGAGCCUCAGAAAGAGGGCGAAAGGUGGCUGAGAGGUGACGAGUGUCAAGCGUGUCAAGUGGCCCUCAAGGGUCUCCUGGAAAAAGUAUACCAGCCAAUCGUCAUCAAGGAGCUUCUGAUCCUCCAAGGUGGACCCAAACAGGUCGCUCGGCUCGGGAGCUCCUCCACGUCCGGCGGCAGGGCAGGUCUGAGAUCAGCGCCCGGUUGGCUGAGGCGUCUGUGUGGUCAACUGCUGUCUGAGCGUCUCAUGCAACCUCAUGGCGUGCAGGCUGUGGUCCGUGCCGUCCUGGAAGGGGGAACAGGGGGCGAGUCUGACUGGAGGAAAUGUGAUGCUGUAGCCAGAAUCCUGGUGGCCUGCCCCCAACAGUCGACCUCAGCAGAUGCCUACUUCAGACUCAUCUGUCCUCAGGUCCUCGACCUUCUGCACUUCAAAGACAAUUUGACAGCUCAGCAGUUUCAGCGUGUGGCCACAAGGGCGGCGCUCACCUUAGUGCAUGAGAGGCCCACCUUUACUCAGCAGUACCUGUUGGCCCCCCUGCUCGCUCCGCUGCAGCGUUGCUGCACCGCCUGCAGUGAAAGCAGCAAUGGCCAGGUGGUCGUUGAAGAGGCGGAGCUGACGCGCUGCUUGGAGGACACAUACAAGAUCUGGGUGGUUGGAAACAGUCCAUCUCCUGCUCUCCUCGCAGCGCUUGAAGAAGUUCUCCCUGUCAUUUUUACGCUCUUCUGCUUCACCAAACAGAACGUCUCCCACCUGCGCGACCUCUGUCAGGAGAUCUUACUGUGGUUCCUGGGUAAGUCUGAGGCUUCUGCUGCAUUGUUGGCGCUGCGGCAGCUGUCAGGCCUGCAGGCGACGAAGAGCGACGUGGCGGAGGGCUUCUGCUUCACUCCAGGCAGCGAUGGAGGUGCCAGACUGAGCUGCAGAGAUGGGUGCAGCGAUGAGGAUGACGAGCUUUAUGAGAAGCUGUCUGGAGAACAUCGGAGGCUGGAGUGUCUCAUGCACCUGUUGGCUGAACUUAAGGACUCGGACCUGCCUGGUGACUUCUUCCUGGACCUGCUGAAGGAGCUGACCAGCUGGGCCACUGCAGGAGAGGAGGAGGUGAAGGACGAAGAGGAGGCAGAUGUGUCGAGUAUGACGCUGCUGGAGGUGGAGCAGCAGAUGCUGAGUCAUGCAGAGCGUCAGGGCCAGAGGCUGGCUUUGCUUCAGGUUCUGGCUGUGAUGGUGGAGAGUCUGCAGCACUCUCAGCUCUUGAGGAAGACCACACAGGUUGUUGACUUUAUGGCGACCCUACUUGAAAGGGCCUGUGUGGGACUGGAUACGGUCCUGGAGCCACAUGUGGGGAACCCAGUGGAGAGCCAAACGUUAAGCAUGGGGAUGGGUCUGGUGGCCACUAUCCUGUCCACACCACAGGUGAGCUCAGAGGAUUAUGCUUUGAUGUCAAAGCUACUCCCCCCUCUGGACUCCCUCUCACAGCUGCACCCAGAUGGGGUCAUCCAGGAGCUGGCAGCCAACCUCAGAGCUGUCAUCGCCACACGUGGCGCCUACCGGCCUGAAAACCUCGCUGCACCUGCAGCAAGCUGCUCCAGAAACCCCAAAACCUCAACAAAUGGCAGCACAAUGCAGAUCAAUGAAGUAAAGGAAUCAAGGACACCUGUCCGCACCAGCAGUCCACACCCAGCAUCCUCUGCAGGAGCAAAGAACUCGAACCAUAAUCCUGAAAGUCCCACCAAGCCCCUUUCUGAUUGGUUACUUGAAGCAUGUGACCCAAACGUGCCAACCAGAGCCUUUGCUCUGAGAACCCUGACCCAGAUGGUGCAACUCAAGGACCCAGAGACUGUGCAGGCUAAGGAGAAAGUCCUAAUGCUUUUCUUAGAGAACCUAGAGCACGAAGACUCGUUCGUCUACCUGUCAGCCAUUCAAGGUCUGGCUGCGCUGGCCGAUUCCUACCCGGACAGAAUCCUGGACAGGCUCCUGAGAGACUUCCAGCACGGACCUUCACUGCCCUCCUCCAACAAGGAACGCUCGCUGGAGACCCGGCUAAAAAUGGGGGAGGUCCUGAUGCGGGCGAGCAGAGCGAUGGGUGAGCUGGCGCCACACCUCGGUCAGCCUCUAGUGGGCGUUUUCCUGCAAGGAACCAGGGACCCUGACGCAGUCGUCCGAGCCAGCUGUCUGUCAAACCUGGGAGAGCUCUGUCAGAAACUGGACUAUGCUCUAGGGCCGCUGACCCAGGAGCUCAGCUCCUGCCUGACGGCUCUGAUAAAAACCGAGAGGGAGGCCGAGGUGAGGCGAGCCGCCGUCCACGUCAUCGCUCUGCUGCUGCGAGGACUCAGUGACAAAACCACAGAGGUUCUCGGGGAUGUUCUGUUGGGUCUGUACCGGGCCCUGAAGUGGGUGAUUCGCUCAGACCCAGACGAGGUCGCAGUCACUCACGCUCAGCUGGCUCUGGAGGAGCUGGACGAUGUGAUGAGGAGGUUCCUCUUCCCGGAACAAAAGCUGGAGAAGAAGAUCCGGGUCGUGUCGUAGAGCGUUUCUUCUGACAGGAAGAGCAGGAACCACCAGAGCUCCAGCGCCAGCCCCACCAACGAUCCAGACAUUACUGUAGUGUUUCUGAAAGGCCUUCCGAGCCUCCUGCUGCACCUUAAGGUUGACAUUUCACUAAAGCAAGUCUGGAAACUUUUCUAAUUUCUAACAGCUGCUGAAGCUUGUGAAAGUGACGCAUUUGGGGCGAUGUAGUACCUUUUUGUUUUCUAUGAACAAGUGUUGCAGGUUUCAUUUGUUUCAGAUUGAAAUAAACACCUCAAAAUCUCAUCUUCCCAUC